AUGUUCUCUCCUGAACUAGUACUCUCUUAUCCACCUUCAUUCUGUGACCUCAAUAUUCGAAAUCCCAAAGAUCAUUCUUAUUUUGGUUGGAGGGUUGAUGUACCCUACGAUUAUGGUGAUAAAACAGUACUUCAAGGUGGACCAUUAAAUCACCGCUAUAAGUUGAUCCAAUUCCAUGCACACUGGGGCAAAAACUGCUCUUGCGGUUCUGAACAUGUAAUCAACAAUAAACACUACUCUGCUGAGCUUCAUUUUGUUCACUGGAACUGUGAAAAGUUUAGCUCCGCUCGAGAAGCUGCGAUUAACAAGGAUGGGCUUGCAGUAGUUGCGGUGCUGCUCGAUGCAGUCGACGGGGAAAACUGUGCCAAACUAGAAUCUCUUGAAACAAUUUGCAAUAUGAUGACCAAAAUUAAGUACAAAGGAUCACCUGUACGUUCCAUUGAGAAGCCACUGAACAUUCUCGAGUUGUUGCCAGAAAAUCGUUCCUAUUACACCUACCUGGGUUCACUCACUACUCCCCCUCUUUGGGAAACUGUUACUUGGAUUGUUUUUGAGAAUCCAGUAAAGUGUCGACAAGAGCAGAUCAAUGCCUUUCGCCAGUUACUCUACUACCCACGAAAUGAGAUAGAAGGCCUGGAAGACAAGUACGAGGCAAAUGUAGAAGAGAACUUUAGACCAGUUCAGCCUCUAAACGGGCGAAAUGUGAUUUACGUCAAAAACUGA